AUGCUCCGGCGGCUGGGAAAGCCGAUCCCGCCGCCGGUGCCGCUUUCCUCCCUACUCCCGGUGACCCUCAACCCGAGCAACACCGCGGUAGAACUCAUCUGCUGCCGGCUCAAGCAGCUACCGGCGACCUCGACGGCGCCGCUCCUCUCACCGGCGGAUCACCACCUCCUCCCCCACCUCGGAUCCGGCGAGAUCUGCAGGAUCAUCCUCCGCUCUCAGUCCCGCCCCCUCGCCUCCCUCCGGUUCUUCAACUGGGCCCGCUCCGCCCUGGGCCCCACCGCGCUGCCUCCCAAGAGCUUCUUCCUCCUCGCCCACAUCCUCGCCGGCGCCGGGAUAUUCCCCCCCGCCAUGGCCGUCCUCUCCGAGCUCGUCCUCACCCACAGCGCCGCCGCCCCCUGUGACGUCUUCGACGGCCUCGCCGGCGGCGCCGAAGGCUGUAACGGCCAUCCGGCGGUAUUCGGAAUGCUGGUUAAGGUCUACGUCAAGCUGGGGAGGCUCGACCAGGCCCUGGAGGUCUUUAGGAGGACGACCGCCGCCUGUCUCCCCGUUGAUUCUGCCAACGUCAACUGCCUGCUGAACGGGCUGUCCAAGGUCAACCGCCGCGGCGCCUGCUGGGAAGUCUACGGGGAGAUGAAGAGCGCGGGGAUCCCGGCCAACUCCUACACUUUCAACAUCCUCACCGGCGUCCUCUGCAAGGGAGGCGACGUGGGCAAGUCCACAGAGUUCUUGGAGGAGAUGGAGGAAGCAGGGUUUAACCCCGACGUCGUCACUUAUAAUACAAUCAUCGACGGGUUCUGCCGGAAGGGGAGGACAGAGGAGGCUUUGUACCUGUACAGAAUCAUGUACAGGAGAGGGGUGGAGCCGGAUUUGAUCACCUACACGGUUCUGAUAGCGGGGCUAGGUAGAGAAGGCAAAAUCAAGGAAGCUCACCAACUGUUCGACAGAAUGUGUCACAGAGGAUUGAACCCGGAUUGUCACGCCUACAACGCCCUCAUCUCUGGGUACUGCAAAGUGGGCAAGGCGAGGGAAGGGAGGGUGCUGCUCCAGGAGAUGAUUCAGAGUGGCCUGAAGCCUGAUGGGUUCACCUUCCGUGCCCUCUGGGAGGGGUACAGACGGGGUGGGAAAUUGCUCGCCUUCUUGAACCUGGUGGUGCAGCUGCGGAGCUCAGGAGGUUCGUCUGUAUCUUCAGAGACGUACAGAACCCUAAUGGCCGCCCUGUGCGAGGGCAAGAGACCAAACGCGGCGAGGAGCUUGUUCGGCCUGUUCUUGGAAGACGGGUACGAGCCCGACUCGCAAGCGUUCAACCUGCUAAUUGAAGGGUUCUGCGGCUGUGACUGCCUGACGGAGGCGCUGGAGUUAGUGGAGGAGAUGACUGCCCGUGGGCUUGCUCCUGAUUCGGCCACAUACACACCGCUUGUCAGAUGCUUGUGCCGGCAGAGGAAGGUCAAGGAAGCCGAGUGGUUGAUGAGGAAGAUGAUGGGGGCUGGAUUGGCUCCUACCUCUGCAAUCUGCCUGGCCUUGGUGGAGGGACACUGCAAGGAGAGGGCUUUCAGCGAAGCUGAAAGACUCUUGAGUGAACUGACCGAGGAGUUUCAAAUCUACGACCCCAAGAGUUAUAAUCUCCUCAUCGAAGCUUAUUCCGCUGAAGGGGAUGCAAGAAGAUCAUUCGAGCUGCAGGACAAGAUGAUCCGGCUCGGCGUUACACCCAACACCCAGACGUGCCGCCUCUUAAUCAAUGGACUUUUGAAAACCCGGGAUUGUGGUCAACGUUCAACCCCCACAACGUAA